AUGGUUAAAAGUGAUAUGCACACAACUUUUCCUUUAGUUUACCGUCUGGUUGAGUUAGCAUUGAUUUUAGCUGUUGCAACCGCAACCGUGGAAAGGGCAUUCUCAGCAAUGAGCAUUAUCAAGACCGGAUUGAGGAACAAAAUGGGUGAUGAUUGGAUGAAUCAUAGAAUGGUAUGUUACAUUGAGAGAGAUGUAUUUGUUACUAUAGAAGAAUCCAAAAUCAUUGAGCGAUUUCAAGGUUAUCGCACACGUAAAGGUGUUUUGCCUCGUCCUACACGUUUAGCGAUGUCUGCUAUUGAAGAUGUAGUCAUGGGAGGCUCAGAUCAACCAAUCAUUUGA